UGUGCAAAGCUUGCACUCCAUCAGUUGCUCCUGCAGUGAAAUAAACUGCUUAUAAUGUGAAAUUUUCUGUCAUGGGAGGAAGAUGGCAGGGCCUGUAACUUUGGAUUGGACUUCGCAGAUCUUUAAUUUUACACAUUUUUGUAAAGGAAGUGUUAAGAUGGCAGAAUAACCAUGGGAGACUGGAAUUUCCUUGGAGGCAUUUUAGAGGAGGUCCACAUUCACUCCACUAUUAUUGGAAAGAUUUGGCUCACGAUCCUUUUCAUAUUUCGAAUGCUUGUCCUCGGGGUGGCAACUGAGGAUGUUUGGAAUGAUGAACAAUCAGAAUUUAUCUGCAAUACCGAGCAACCUGGUUGCAGAAACGUGUGCUAUGAUGAGGCCUUUCCCAUCUCUCUCAUAAGAUACUGGGUCUUGCAAGUUAUAUUUGUGUCUUCCCCUUCAUUGGUAUAUAUGGGUCAUGCCUUAUACAGACUAAGAGCCUUGGAAAAGGAGAGGCAGAAAAAGAAAGCUCAGGUAAGGGUAGAACUUGAAAGCACUGAAUUAGAAAUGACUGAAAAUCGGAAAAGGCUGGAGAGAGAACUCCGGCAGUUGGACCAAAGAAAGCUAAACAAAGCACCCCUGAGAGGCUCAUUGCUCUGCACUUACGUGGUACAUAUUUUCACAAGAUCCGCAGUAGAAGUCGGUUUUAUGAUUGGGCAGUAUCUUCUUUAUGGCUUCCAUCUAGAUCCCCUUUAUAAAUGUCAGAGAGAACCAUGUCCAAACACAGUUGACUGCUUUGUAUCUAGACCAACAGAAAAGACAGUGUUCAUAUUAUUCAUGCAAUCAAUAGCAACUGUAUCAUUGCUUUUAAAUAUUCUGGAAAUUAUCCACCUAGGAUUCCGGAAAAUUAAAAUGGGACUUUUUGGGCAGCAUAAAAACAAGGACGAUACUGACAAUUUCUAUGUAAACAAAUCUAAGAAGUACUCUGAGAUACCGCACUCCUCUUUGGGAAUAUCCACCACCCCUCAAAAAACUCUUCCUUCUGCACUUGCAAGUUAUACCUUUUUAAUGGAAAAGCAAACUGACACAGCUGUCCACCCGGUUCUGAAUUCUCCUCCCAUGUUUCAGUCUGGGCAAAAUAACUGCACAGAAAGCAGCAGCAAUUUCACCCGUGGCAACCAGGAAAAUAAAUCACCAAAGAAGAGGGCAGCUACAAAUGCUCUAGACGAUCAGACUCAAAAUAUUAGUGCAAAUAAUGAUGAAGGCUUGCUUGGCAAGCUUGGGACUGAAGUGCAUGAUGCUCAAAAAGAUGAAAAGAAAAACUGCUUCGUUGGUACUCAGAAUGCAGAUACAGCUUCGAGUAUUUGCCUGAGAACCUUGGCUGAAAUGCCAUCUCAUCCCCCAUUGCAACCUGAAACAACUUCUCCUAAUGCUGGUUUCAGAAGACAACACGGAAUCAGUUCAUCUUGGAACUGCUCAGCAAUAAUUGAGAGUGCAGGAGCUUCAACAAGUUCUCUUCCAGAGAACAGUGACAGAAGGCAAAGCAGUUUCAAUGCAAACAAAGCCCAACCUCCUUACAAUGCUGACAUCGACAAUUCCAGGCGCCCUGACUCUCCUGACUCUACAUGGGAGGUGAGCUCAGAAUCUAAACAAAGCAGAAAUGGUGAUAAUCCUAAACCUUCCUCUCUGUCCAGGCAACCGUCCCUGUCGAGCAGCGCCAGCAGCAGGCGCGUCCCCACCGACCUCCAGAUAUAGCCAGGCUGGCAGUGCUGGGGUCGUUGCUGAUCACUGGGACAUAACCAAGACCUUUGUGUAAGAGCAGCUGCUCAACGUUAACCAGCUGUUUUACACAGACAGAAAAGCUGUGUGGCCCUUUGGAUCUGAGCUGAGUAACUUUUAAACAGCCUCUUCCUCUGUAAUUAAAGGGUGGCUUGAGUGUCACUACCAACUAUAAAGUAAAACAUACAUUGUAUAGGUUACAUAAUAAGAAAAGUCUGGCAUAAAAUCACAACUGAUACUAUUCAAACUCAGUAAAAGUAGAAGACCAAAUUUACAGUCUAACAACUUAUUUUUAUGAAGGCCAGCAGAAGAAAUUUGGCUAAAGAUGGCACUGGUGCUCUCAGGAGAAAUUAAUUAUCAGUAAAUAUGUUUCUGUUUAAUCUCACUGAGAAGUCAAACAGGCAUUUGAGAGCUGCCUGAAAACAGAAUGUCAGAUGUAUUCCACUGUUUGAGCUGUGUUACAUACAAAAAGAACAAAACAUCUGAUACAUGGAUCACUAAUUAUUUGACUCUGUGGUGCACUUUUCAGUGUCUCACCCCAGAGUUCCACAGCAGAAAAAUCAAAGUUAAUCUCUUAUUGU